UCGAGGGACGCCAUUUUGAUCAAGCGAGUUUCAYAAGAAGGCGAAGUUUCGCAUUUUUAYUGCAUUUUUACCUUUAAAAAUCAUGAGUCGCGAUAGAAGAAACCGUGUUUUCGUUGGAAGACUACCUCCACGUAUUGAAGAGCGGGAAUUAGAGAAGUUCUUUCGUGGAUUUGGCAAGAUUCUUGACAUCAACUUGAAGAGUGGCUUUGCGUUUGUGGAAUUUGAAGAUGAACACGAUGCACAAGAAGCUGUUUACGAACUUAACCACAAGGAGUUGUUAGGGGAACGUGUGACUGUCGARAGAGCACAUCCAAGCCGAGGUGGUGGUGGCGGCGGCGGCRGCGGUGGRGGYUACAGAGGGGAAAGAAGAUCAGGCGGCUACAGUAGUCGAUUUGGAUCACCAUACAAUACAGAAUGGAGACUGACAGUUGAAAACCUMUCAUCRCGUGCAGGCUGGCAGGACUUGAAAGACUUCAUGCGUCAAGCUGGAGAAGUUACRUUUACACAGUGUCACAAAGACAGAGUUGGAGAAGGAGUGGUUGACUUUGCCAGCGAAAGUGAUUUGCGCCGAGCUGUGAAGAAGUUAGACGGCUCUGAACUCUUGGGCAAGAGAAUCCGUUUGGUCGAGAGUAUUAGAUCAUCAAGGAGAAGGUCAAGGUCAUCGUCUCCAUACCAUAGAAAGAGAUUUGACCGUUCMAGAUCUCGUUCCCCAAGGCGUUCAUUCUCGCCUCGCAGAUCACCAUCUCCUGGUUCAAGCCGCAGACGAUCACUAUCCCCACGACGUGACGAUGAAACUCACUGAUUUACUACUCUGAAUUCUUUUAUGAUGUAUAAUCUAAGGCUUUCUUUCAAUCUGUCUUUAAUCUAGUUUAUUUUGUAUAGGAUACAUAAUUUCUGGGCUGCUCGGGUGCUUUUAAAAGUGUCUUAGGCCCGCGGGCUUCCUUUCAACAGAUCCUUUUAUUAUUUUUUAUAUAUGCGCGCCAUCUUUUCAGUGAAUGUUGCAAAACCUUUUUUCUGAAGAUUCUAGUAAUUUUUGUUUCCAAUCRGGCGGUCGCGAUAUUUUUGAGAGCACCCGCGCUUCCCAAAAUUCGUGUAUUAGGAUGAGCCAAGCUCUAUAUAUUGGACGACUCACUUUUAGCUUUAGUAGAAGAUGUAUGCUUCUCACUUUACCUAUGUAAAGCUAUAAUCAGAUCAUGUUUUUUGGAGUAGAAUUUCUCUUCAUUAAAACAAUCUUAGCGUUUUUAUAGGUUUUGUUGGAGCGUAGAUGAUAACAUACAUGUAGUCGGAAAAUUGUAGUUUUAGUCACUCGGGCCUCUAUGCAAAUAAAACUUUGCAUUUUGUUUUCUGUUGUUAUGGCAAAAAAAGUCACGUAACUUUAUAUCAUUGUUUUGUUCAGUUUUAUCUGUCAAUUUAAUAAAAGUCCCUUGAAAUGUA